UCAUCAUCAUCUCACUUUCAUGGUGAAAUCUCUAUUCUUGGCUUGUUCUCCUUCCUCUCUUCCUCUCUUUAUCUAUUCAUCAUUCCCGAUUGGAAUACAAUUCCCACCUCAUGGUAAGAGUAAACAAUUUUUCUUCAUCCACCUUCAUCUCUUUGAUUCAUUAAGUGUAACCUACUAAUGUGAUGAACUUGAACCCAACCGAUUGCAAUAUCAUCUCAUUUAUAUUAUACAUAAUUCAACUGGACAACAUUAUCAUCAUCAGUUAACUUAAAUCAACUUCAUCAAGUGGCAAACUUUAUAAUUUUGAUAAUCGAUUUUCAAUUACUAAACGAUUGUCAUAAUGAUUGAAAUUCAACGACACUUUGCAGUUAAAUUUUAUUUUUAAUCUCACCAUUGAAUCUUAAUUGAUUGAAUAGUUGUUGGUGUUUAAUACAACAUUCCCACUCCCACUAUCCCUUAAUCCUUAAUCCUUAAUCCUUAUCCUUUCAUCACAAUGCCUGAGAUACUAAAUCUUCAUAAUACAAGUUACAUUACAAUGGUUAACAUUUCCUCUAAUGUUAAUCUAUCCGAUUUCGAGGAUUUUGUCUCUGGACUUCGUCAGGACUCAUUGCUUGAGAUUAUUUUAUAUUCUCUUCUCUUUGUUUCUGGUGCUAUUGGAAAUCUAUGGGUGUUUUUCAAGCAACGACAGAAAAGCCAACGUGAUGCUAGAAUCAAUUAUCUUCUUCGGCAUCUUAAUUAUGCCGAUAUGUUGGUCAUUUUUGGUACAAUUUUGAUCGAGAUAAUCUGGAGGAUUACCGUUUAUUGGCAUGGGGGUGAAAUAUUGUGUAAAAUUGUUUCAACUUUCAGGAUAUUUUGUGUCUACCUGUCCAGUGUUAUGCUAAUCUGCAUAUCGGUGGACAGGUAUUUUGUAUUUGUCCAUCCAUUGAGUUUCAUUAAUCGGGAAAAACGCAAAACAAUUUUAAUCCAUGCAUCGUAUGUGGUCAGUGCUUUAUCCGCUUUACCUCAGGCAUUUAUAUUUCACAUCGGAAGGCACCCUGAUUAUCCAGCAUUCGCCCAAUGCCUUUCUCGUGGUUAUUUUGACACCGAAUGGAAGGAAACAGUUUACCAGAUAUUCACCUUAUGUAUUAUGUAUUUUGUGCCUUUUUUUGUUACCCUUUUCUGUUACAUUCGCAUCAUCGCUGCUCUUAGUUCACAACGAGAAGUCAAUAUUACCAUGGAAAUGGUCUCGGAUGGUUCAACACGAACCAAUAACGAUGGUGAACAACGAAUCAAUGUUUACCAGCGAGCAGAAAAACGGACUCUUAGGAUAACCUCAAUCGUAGCAUUGGCCUUUGUCUGUUGCUGGACACCUUAUACUUUUGUUGUCCUUUGGUUCCAGUUCAACCCUGAUUCCUAUCGGUCAACAAAUAGUCUUAUAAUGGACGUACUAUUUUGCUUUGCAGUCCUCAAUUCUGUGAUAAAUCCUUGUGUCUACAGUUCUCAUCUUUUUACCAAAAGACGGGCAUCAGCUCACACCGUUAACCACACCCUGAACACCAAUAAUGCCCCAGGAAAUAAUAAUAAUAAUAACAAAACCAAUUAUCUAAAUGGAAACAACAAUAAUCAUUCAUUGAAAAUGAAUGGAAGCCAAGUAAUCAGAGGAAACAAUUUAUCUAAAGUUGUAUCACGAGAAACAUUUUUCUAAACUGUCAACAAUUAACUAAACAAUUAAACUCGACUAAUCUUGCCCAUUGGUCAACUAACAUUGGGAUGUACAAUUACUUUUUACACACGUCAAAUAACUCGACAAGUAAUCAAGCUAUUAAGUGCAAACUUCGUACAGUUACUAUUGAGAAUUGAAGGUCUUCAGAAAAAAGAGUUCAAGGUCAUUGCUCGGAGAAUUGACCUCUAAAUGAAUUCCCAGAGAAAUUGAUCUCACCGAUGACCUUAGAACUUUUCAAAAGUUCUUAAACUCUAAUCAGUCCAAGUAUCGAAUUGAAACUUUACGAAACAAAUGAUGUAAGAGUUAUAAGUAUUAUUGUAAUUGAUUGAGAUUUUACAACAAUCAGACAACUGAAUUAAAUUGAUGAUGAGAGAAAGUUUUGAUUAAUUGUUUUAUUUUACUCCUUCCAACCAAAUUGUAUCAUAAUAUUGUUUACUUUUUUGUUUCUUGCUGUUAUUAAAUCACCAAAAUGAUUAAUUUCACGGUUAAAUUUGAUUUGAUUACUUUAAUUAUAUUAUUAUAAUUGAAAUAUUAGUAUAUUGGGAUUAGAAUGAAAUUCAUCAAUUCCUUUUCCGCUUCCGUUUUUUUUACAGGCAACAACAGCAAACAAUUUAAUGCUCAAUGAUUGAUUAGCAAAUUGAUACUAAUUCAAUUGCAAUAGAAAAAGUCAAAUUAUUCAACAAUUAAUAAUGAUUAACUAAUCGUUUGCAAUUGUAAUUUGAAUUAAAUUAAAUGGUUUAAAAUUAUUUAUAUAUAUUUGCAUUUUAAUUAAUCUUCAAAUGUAUUAUAAUAACUAAUUGUAAUCAAAAAUGGUAACAAUUAAGUUUUUUUGCCUUUUGUUUCA